AGCGGCUGUAUACAGUCCCGACGAGGUUGCUAUUGUUGUUAUCCUUGUGUUGAUCCUGCGUUCGAGAUCUCCUUCUGAUACACCAGAGAUGUGCCAUUAGACUUUGCUGGAUCGGUGGUUGUUGAAAGUCUGGAACCGAGAGAUCUCCGUCCGUCGUUGUGGAGACGAGUCUGAUACCGAUAUCCUGAUAAUCAUCGCCGUGCAAAAACAACCCAAACAAUCCGUCCUCGUCAACUCCUUCUCCCCUACAAGUCGGUAUCAUGGGAUUCGGGGAAUUCAAUGCACUAUGCCAGAAGGCAGCGGUUCCCCUAUGCUCUUUGGUGGGGCCAGCUUCGUCGAUAUCAGGCGCAACCGGCAUCAUACCCAAUUGUUAUGCGCGGAACAUUGAGUUGGCCAAUACGAUCAUCUUUGAGGGCGCCGCUUCGUUUAUGCACAUUAUUGCCCUGGUUAUGACGGUUAUUAUGAUUCUGCAUGUUAGAUCCAAGUUUACCGCAGUUGGCCGCAAAGAAAUUAUUACAUUCUUCUAUAUAUACAUGGCAUUAACAAUCGUCUCCCUUAUUGUCGACGCAGGCGUCGUUCCACCAAGAAGCGGCCCUUUCCCUUAUUUCGUGGCCGUUCAGAAUGGACUGGUUUCCGCGCUGUGCACCUGUUUACUCGUCAACGGGUUCGUGGGCUUCCAGCUUUACGAGGACGGCACUGUGCUGUCAGUCUGGCUUCUACGACUGACGUCUGUGACUAUGUUUGCCAUAUGCUUUCUCGUGUCCGUUUUGACCUUCAAAUCGAAGGGAGGGCUGAGUCCCACCAAUACCAUUGGCCUGUUCUUGGUCCUCUAUGUCUUCAACGCAAUAUGCGUUGCAGUAUACUUGAUAAUGCAGCUUUUCUUGGUUGUGAACACCCUUGAAGACCGCUGGCCUCUCGGCCACAUCGCCUUCGGCGUUCUUGUUUUCAUCGCGGGACAGGUUAUUCUCUAUGCUUUCGGUGAUACGAUCUGUAGCAAGGUUCAACACUACCUGGACGGCCUGUUCUUUGCCACGUUCUGCAACCUUCUGGCUGUGAUGAUGGUUUACAAGUUUUGGGACUAUAUCACCAAGGAAGACCUUGAGUUCUCGGUGGGUAUUAAACCCAACAACUGGGAAGUCAAGGAGCUUCUCCCGGACGAUGAGCGACGAACAUCACUAUACCCGGAUUCGGAGUACGCCAAUAGCUGGCAUCACCGAUCUUCGAGCUAUGACCGUUAACCUCUUGGGCACCUGGUCUCUAUCAUGAGCUAUAUAUCUUCCGUUGUGUUUUCUUUUCCAGCGAUACUAUGAAUUCGGGAACGAAUUAUGCCAGAUUUUACGAUGUGGCCCUACGCAUGAUGAAUUAAUGUACCUAGGUUUUGCAAUUUAUAGCGAUGAUGAAUUUGCUUUCUUCAUACAAGAGACAAUGGCACCACACUCC